ACGAGUGCUAAAAUUAGAUUUUCAUAAUUAAGCUCAUGCAGCAUUUAUUUUUUAUUGGCCGAUGUCCUUAAUAUUUGGUUUGUUGAUACCUUCGGUGUAAAUGUAUUUGUGUACAAAUGUGAUUAAAAGUAUGUCAAGUAUGAAUAUAUGAUAAAAUGUCUAAAAACGGCGUAAGAUAAAGACAAACGGACAAUCAAUCAUGAACUUGUUUUUUCUUCUUUUUUUUCAGAAAGCAAAAAUGAAAGAUAUAGAUUCAAGACUGAAGCUGUUUCUUGGCAUGAUAUUGUUGUGCUCUUUCAUUGUUAUACAUGUACAUUUCGUGUAUAAUGAUUGCACAAUAAAGCCAUAUGUUGAACCUCAAGGAUGGUCAAGACAUCUUCCUAUGCACCUCGAUUUAGACAAUUUAACAGAAAAGGGAACUAAAGAAAAGAUUAUAGCACUUGCCAAAGUCAUUUACAGUGCUAAGAAACACGUGCGUGGGUCUAAGACUUCAUAUUAUCUGAAUAAAGCUAUUUCUAUCAUGAACAACAUUCUUGAAGAUAUCAAAGUGGAUUCUAAAAAUGUGUAUGAAAGACAAAGUGUUAAAUCUAAACAUAUAUGUGAGGAAAGUUAUAAAGGUGGAUUACACGGGUACCCAAUGUAUUAUGAAGGAUUUGUCACUGACAACUGUUCUUAUGGUGUACCGGUUUCAAAACUGGUAACUGUAAUAAAAUAUAUAGCAAAUACAAGUGGCAACGAAAGUUUACUAGCAGAUUUUAUUGAUAAUUUUAUUAUCUCAGUCGAUAGCGUUAUGAAAGACGCUAAUAUCUUAAUAGCAGUCAACACCGAAAGUUUUCCGAAUAAUUUAGUAAAUAAUUAUCGAGGGGUGAAAAUUAAUUCAUCUAAAUAUCAGUCCGAGGGAUCUGCACUGAACAGUUUGAUAAAAGAUGUAAAAACUUCAUAUGUUUUAGUUGCAAGAAAAAUGAAUACAUUCACAAACGAUUCUAGGUUAGAAAGACUAGUUAGAGAAAUAGAAAGUAUAAAUGUGACCGCUGUGGGUGGUGCGUUUCGUGAAUCAAAUGGUCAUUGGAGGAAAGGAUGUUUCCAGUCGGUGUAUAGAAAUUACACUUUGAAGUAUAUGGAGGGAUAUGAUGAAUCCUUUCAUGAAUGUUUGUUUUGUGAUUAUAUUCAAGGUCCGUUUAUAACGACUACUAAAUACUUAAUGGAAAACAAAUUCAAAAGUCUUGAAGAAAGUAAUGGAUUAUACGAAGAUUGGUUUCUCAGAAUUGCCAAGUCAGACCGGGAAACAAUUGUUUGUCCAGACUCUAUGUUUCAUAUAGAUAGCAAAAGCACUAAGUCGAGCUCAAACUGGACAGAAUUUUCUGAAUAUUGGAAUGUUUUCAAGGUCAUUACACCAAAUGGUCAGACAAUAAAUAGAAGUUGUGAAAAUGUUGAGAUAACAAUUGAACCAACGAAAGCAUUGUCACCUUGUGCAUUGAAACUAUACAGUGAUGGUAUUAAACUCAUUAUGCAAAUGUGUGAGAAAAGUGGUACCAUAUGUGAAUUUGAGGAAGGUACCGGGUUAGGAGCUGUCAAAUUAGGGAAAAAUCUCCCCUGGGACAUAGACUACGAUUUGCGAUUUUCUCUGAAAAAUUGUUCAUCAUGUCAGCAGCUUGAAAUGGCAUUUAAAAACUUUCCAAUUAAAACCGGUAAAUUCUCACCUAAAUGUUGUGAAAUUAUACAUGAGCCGAUUUUUUUCGAAAUUUAUUACAAAGGUCAAUAUGGUGACUUUGCUGGUCAUCCUGAAUUGGACAGUGAGAAGCUUGUCAAAAGUGGUAUACCUCCUACAAAAGUUUUAUUUACUGGACAAUGGUCAAAUGCCCCAAGAAACCCUGGAUUGGCUUUUAGAAAUAGAUAUGGUAGAGAGUUGUACAGACAUGCUAAUCACUGGAGGCAUACAGGACAAAAAGACCAUCGACCGAAAUAUACAACUAAUGUGUUUAUGCCAUGCAAAAGUCCAGGUGCACAUAAUUGUUUAGACAGAUACAACGGUGAUGGAAAUAUACAAUUUAAAAUGUUGCUUCCGUAAGGAGAUAAAGAUAUUUAUAUAUGCAUUGAUAAACAAAACAACAGUUCAUCUUUAAUUUUUUUUCACAUUCGAAAAGGUAUCUUUAUUUUUUAUUUCAGUCUCAUCUUUACAUGUAUACAUAAAAUUAUAUAUAUAUAUAAAACAUAAAAAAACAUAAAACAUGGAAAGCCAUUCUAAUCAGAAUUACAAGAUACUUUAUUUUCUUUUUUAACCUUCUAAGGGAGACAACUCCACAGACUAUAUCACAGCAGUUAACUGUUGUAUGCACUGAGGAAUUGUCCCCCUAGCUACGCAGAUUUCAUAUGAUCAUUAUCAUUUUCACCGACAACUAUAUAUCAUGUAUGUAAAUAUAUAUGUAUAUAAAUGUAUUUUCGAUUAACGGUGGUCAUAAAAUUUAGUGAACACACAUAUACGGAUCUAAAAUUUAAACAAAGUAACAAUGUAAAAACAUAACAAUAUAAAAAUCAUCUGAUAGAUGCAUGACAGCUCUCAAAAAUGUAUGAAGGUGUAGUUGUGCGUAACUUAUUUCGUUAUUAAUUUACUCUUGCCUAAGAUGAAAUUCAAACGUAUGAUUUACAUAAGAUCAAAUUAAUAUGAAUAGAAAUUUUAAAAAAUCUAAUUUACCUGAAUUUAUAUUAAAUAUAUGAAGAGAUAUUUGGAUUUUAAAGUAGCAUAACAAAAAGCAUAUAAUGUUUGAAAAAUGUUGACUUAAAGGUGGAUUACGAUUGGCCGAGAAAUAUCACGUGUAUAAACAGAUCAAAGAUAAGUUAAUGUCGACGCGCCCGUGAACGACGUCGCCUUAAAUGAAAUGCUUUUUUGUGGCACAUGGAAGAGCUGUUAAUAUUAACAGUUCAUAUUAUGUUGUUUUAAUUAGUUUUAUUUUGAUUCUUAAAAAUCAAGUCAACAAAUAUGUUGUUAUAUUUAUAUUUUAUAAUUUUAUUUGAAAGGCAUUAAAAUUGUGAUAUUUAUCUUUAUAAAAUGGCAGGCUCAGUUAAACAGCUUCUCUAAGCUGGUAAUACUAAAUAUCAUUGUGUCAAUUUCGGAAUUUUGGAAUUCACUGGAAGUUUCAUUUUUUUAUUUAUUAUUUAUAUUAGAUUUAGUUUUUUAUGGUAAUCACUGUUGAUUCAUUUUAGUUAAUUAUGCAUUGUUUAUUUUUUGUUAGUAAUACUGCUAUGUGAACUCUUUUUCGUCAGCAGUUUAAAGUGGUUUGUGAGGUCAAAGAGAGACUAUAUGUAUAUUUUUGUAAAUUAUAUAUUUUUCCGACAAGAAUGUGUAAUUAAUCAGUUUCUAUUUGUUUGUAUAAAAAUUGUUAAUAAGAUAACAUGUGGUGAAAAUGAAAGAAAGACAAUUAAAGCUAUGCAUAUAGGUGCUUAUAUUCAUGCAAUAUUAUUUAUUUUAAAUACUUUAUGUAUAUACAGUUAGUUGUUAAAAUAAAGUCUAAGUGGGGCAGUAUUUGUUACUGUAAGAAAAACAAGUGUUCAUUUAAUGCUUAGACACAACUCAAUCUUCAUAUGAUAUAGACUAGGUGAGAUUUUUAUUUUACUUUUAUACUAUACAUUAUAGUUUUCUUUCUACUAGAUUUUGAGUUCCAUCCAUGUACCAAUGUUAAUAGGAUUUCAUAUAUAUUAAAUAGAUACUGGGAAUUAUUAAUGUUACAUACAUUUAUAUCUAUAGAUAUGAUGAGACUGUAUAAUAUUUCUGUAUUUACAGAGUUACAGUUAAAGGGAUGAGACUUACAUUUAAAUUUAUCAAUGAUAAUGCAUGUAUUGAUUAGGCUACAGUUUAUAUGUUUAUCCCUAAUGAUUUUGUUAACAAUAGCGUUAAAGGAGGAAUAUAGUAAAGGGUGACUUAGCCUGGAUGUUGUGGUUAUAUGCCUAACUUUAG